CCCGGGCGCUGCUGGCGGCGGCCCCCGCGCGGAGACUCCCGGCUGCAGAAUGACGCCCACGUCUCGCUCCAGCUCGUCCCGUCCUCCCAUGGGACAGGGGAGAGAAAUGGCUGCCGUGGAGCCAGCUCAGGGACCGGUGACCUUCGAGGAGGUGGCUGUGUAUUUCACCAGGGAAGAGUGGGCUCUGCUGGACCCCGCUCAGAGAGCCCUCUACAGAGACGUCAUGCAGGAGAACUAUGAGAAUGUGACCUCGCUGGGGUUUUCAGUUUCCAAACCCUGUGUGAUCUCCCAGCAGGAAGGAGGGGAAGAGCCGUGGGUCCUGGAUCUCCAUGGUUCAGAGGAAAACGAGAUCCUGAGAAGUCCUUGCACAGCAGGUGAUGGGGUGGUGAGUGAGAGUGAAGAGCAGAAUCCCCACCAGGAAGAUGCUGAGCUAGUAGAAAUGCAUGGGGCAUUACUGCAAAGAUCUAAAGGGAACGUGUCCAGCCCCCAUGAGCCGGGAACAGCUGGUGAAAGUUACCACAGACCAGAGAGAGAGCAGGGAAACCAGUCAGAGAAGAAAGUGGAUAAACCCAUUAAUUGUCAGGAAACUCACAAGGACCUCAAGGAAACUACAUCUCCGGAGAAGAUCCACAGGGAAAAGAGAGAGAAUACAUGCAGCGAGUGUGGGAAAAACUUCAGUUACCGCUCCGCCCUUAUUCGACAUGAGAUAAUCCACACAAAAGAGAAACCCUAUGAAUGCUGUGAGUGUGAGAAAAGCUUCAAUCAUACCUCAGCCCUUAUUCGACAUCAGCGAAUACACAGAGGAGACAGACCCUAUGAAUGCUGUGAGUGCGGGAAAAGCUUCACUCAGAGCUCAGACCUUUCUACCCAUCAGCGAAUCCAUACGGGGGAGAGACCCUAUGAAUGUGGUGAGUGCGGGAAAAGCUUCAAUCAUAGCUCAGCCCUUAUCUCUCAUCAGAGAAUCCACACAGGAGAGCGACCCUACGAAUGCUGUGAGUGCGGGAAAAGCUUCACUCAGAGAUCAGCCCUUAUCUCUCAUCAGAGGAUCCACACGGGAGAGCGACCCUACGAAUGCUGCGAGUGCGGGAAAAGCUUCACUCGAAGCUCAAACCUUACUACGCAUCAGAGGAUCCACACAGGAGAGAGACCCUAUGAAUGCAGUGAGUGCGGGAAAAGUUUCACUGACAUCUCCUCCCUUAUCUCUCAUCAGAGAGUCCACACUGGAGAGAAACCCUAUGAAUGCUGCGAGUGCGGGAAAAGCUUCUCUCAGAGCUCAACCCUUAUUACACAUCACAGAAUCCACACAGGAGAGCGACCCUAUGAAUGCUGUGAGUGUGGAAAAAGCUUCACUCAGAGCUCAGGCCUUCUCUAUCACCAGAGAAUCCGUAAAGGAGAUAAACUCCAUAAAAACCUUCUCUAGAGCUGUCAGAAGAUUUUUUUUCUUUAAUUCUUUUGACAAUUCCCAGGUAGUGACCAUUAAGGCUGUUUGCAUCUUUUGCACACUGUAAUCCCUCAGUUCUCAAACGUGAAUUGCCUACGUUUGAAGCCUGCCCAUCUUUGGGGUGGAUCCUGUGGUCCUUUCUAUCAACUCCAUUGUCCUGCGAGUCAUGGGAGUGUGUGUCCUUUCUACCAGGAAUGUCCACUAUCUCAGAUAGGGGGUGUCUUCAACCAGCUACGUCGAGGUAAAAUCUAACUGGGCCUCAUCACUGUGGUUUCCAUAGAGUUAACUAGCUUGAGUUUGCUUUCCUGAUGAAAAAGACAGCUAUUCUUGCAGUAAAGACGUGGGCCAUGGAUAGUGGGUGGGGUUAGCUAGCACAUUUCCUCCUGAUCUGACCUAACCACUGUCACAUUUCCACGUCUAAACAAACCUGGAGAUUCACAUUUAUACUCUUCCUCCCAGUGCAAAGUCAUCCAGUUCCUCUUUGAGGACAGAUUGCCUCAUUGCCAGUUGUUCUCACAUUACCCUGGAUCGAGCUGAAAAGCAGUUAUUUUGCUGAUUAUUUUUCUCACUUAAAAUAUAUUUAAAUAUAACAAAGAGCUGGAGCAGUGUCAGGGAAAUAAGUGUCAUUUCAGACUCUGUGACCCUGGAAGGAGACGGGGUGACUCAGAGAUUCCCUCCUUCCCCAUCACCCCAGAACUGUUGCCUCGUGUCUGAGCCAUGCAGAGUUCACCCCUUCAUAUUCCUUCACUUCCCAAAGCAUCUGGUGAGGUCAUCUUCUUAGCUGUCUGUGCUUGUUAAUGGUGCUUGGACAUCUUUGAUCCUAAAUCAGAGUCAGCCUGGCUGGAGAUGGAAGUGUCACAGGCAUGGAAGGGAUUUCAAAUGGAUCCCAACCACACUGCAAAUCCCAUUUUCUGUCUAUUGGCAAAGCCACUUCUAGGCAGUUUGGCUGUUUUUUCCCCCCAUUAUGAAAAUUCUAAAAAUUUUGUAAAUAACAUUAAUAAGACAGACGGAGUGAAGCAGGUUUCAAUGGAUCAUGGGGGAAUCUCUCAUCCUGAUUCUGAGACAUCAGAUGUAACCUACUCUGGAAUUUCCCUUCAAAUGAAAAUGAAAGUGUCUUCUACCUCCCUGUGAUAUGGGUUUUGUAUCUUUCAUGAAGGCUCCUUGGUCAUAUAACUGCAUGUUGGUUUUGUUUGACAGAAUGAGGCUCAGAUUUUAUUGGUCAAUUUUACACAAAUGACAAUCAUUUUUUACUUUAGGUUUGUUUUUUCCCUCAUCCCUGCAUGAUGACAUGGAGAAAAUGCAAAUGCAGUUCAGUCAACAAGAGAGAAUACUCCAAGCGAUUGGACAUACUAUCAAAGAAACAGUCGUGUUUUUAAAUCUCCACUCUGAAAAGGUGAACAGCAGCAGACCCCAAACGGUGCAACUGACGGAAGUAAGUGCCCAUGAUCACAGUGCAGUUCAGUUGUUUAAGUCAAUAUUGUCUCAGAUGAUCCAGGGAUAGACUUGGAACUUUGAAAAAUGCCCAGGUGUUUGGUUCCCAAAGCAUUUCUGACCUGGUCCCUACAGGAGGUUAUUCCUGAAGAGAUCUCCUAGCUAAUCCCAAAAUUUGGGAAAUGCUGUCUGUGAUGAGGUGUAUCAACCCGGCACUGGCACUCCUAGGGUUAACUUCACCCUGUGGACUGAAGAAGCCACACCCCCUCGCCCUUCGUUGGCAUGGUCCGACUGGAGACAGAGUAUAAAAGGGAGCAGUUCAGCUCAGCCUGGGCUGACUGAGGAGGAAAGCAAAUCUGUGUUGUGGGCUCCUGCCGGGAAGCUGCUCGACCCCAGGCUGCAGAGGCCAGCCGUGCUGAGGCUCCUGCAGACACCCAGUCGACUGCCAAGGAUGGCCAAGAAGAGACGCCGGAUGCUGGGAGACUACUGACGCUGGACGUAAGGGUGGGAAGUGGCCCAGGGAACUGGACUGUUGCAGUGAGAGAUCAAGCCUGGACACAGGAGUAUUGGUCCCUCAAGGCCAUGGGUCAGGACCUGGUGGGGUAGGGUGGUCCCAGGUCCCUCUAGACCCUGCACUGCACCCACCACUGGAUGCGGUCACCACCUCACGACAACCUGUCUUGACCCAGGGGACAGGGUGGCUGUGAGAUGGCUGCAGAAAAAUAGCUUUUUUAAAAGAAACCUCAUCUCUUGUAUCUUACAGAGAUUCUGAUCCAAGGCCUGUAUCUAAUCCCUAACCACAACUGUACUCAAGGGUUCACUGGUGGAAAGGGGGAUUAAAAGAAAACUAACAUUUUUGAGAGGAUUCUUUAAUCAUUGAGUAUUUAUUGUUACCAAUGAAAAUGAAAUUAAACAUGAAGUUACUCUUUAAUGAGGAAGAGAUUUAAUUAUGUGAUCAACUGAAUUAUACUGGAAAAA